ACAAUAAUUAUUUUUAUAAAAGUAUUGACUUGUCGUCUGCAAACGUGAUUACGUGAACCUUACUGGUAAUAAUACAAAAAUCACAGCUCUAAUUUGCCAACCCAAUCCAGAUCUCUCUAGUUCUCAACUUCUCAUAUAAUUAUUCAUUAAUAUAUUUAUUUUGAGAUUUUGGUUGAUUUUUUGAUAUAUAAAUAUUGGACUUGCCAUUUUCUAUUACAACCAUCAAAUCUCAAUAAAGCAAAACGAACAAGAAAAUGGCGAGCACGGAAGCUCUCUUACCCGUCACGUCCCUACAAGAUCCAUUAUCUGAGUCAAGAUCCGACCAGAUCCCGGAGACCCGUCGGAGACGACCCAUCAAAGUUCAUCUUGCAGUCUAUUCCGGUUUGCUCUUGAUCGCUUUGUACGUCACUCUCAUCGUCACACACGACGGCUCCAAGGCUGAAAUAGCGACGGAGUCACGUCCUCGUAUGGCCGGCGUGUCGGAGAAGAGCAACGACGGGGUUUGGAUAUCAUCCGAUGAUGGGAAAGUUGAAGCGUUCCCGUGGAACAAUACUAUUUUGUCGUGGCAACGCACGGCGUUUCAUUUCCAGCCUGAGAAAAAUUGGAUGAACGAUCCUAAUGGUAAGCUCUAGAUCCUACACUGAAGUCUUCUAUUUUUGUGCUUCUAAAGAUUUCCUUUGACCAUUAUUUAUUUUAUAUAAAAUAAAAUAUGGAUUAUAAAAAUUUUGAUUGGCUACACAAUUGAUAGAUAUAUUUCAAACCCGUAAAAUAGUAUUGGUAGAUAGAUAUAUGACAACAAGGCACGUCCUUUGCGGACUACAAUUAAUGUCAUUGGAUAAAAUUGAAAAAGAAAUAUUGGCAAAAACAUUUAUUAAUUUACACGUAAAAAGUUUUUUUGUUUAUAAUGUAAAGUAAACAGACAAAAUCUGAACAGAAAGAGUCAUUAAAGCCAAUCAGUUUACUUUGUUUUUGCCUGUUUUGUAUAUACACCACGUGAGUCAUGUGCAUAUUGUACAAAUCAUUGCUCACCUAUUAUUGUGUUUGGACAGUCCCCAUUUGACUCAUUCUAUUAACCCAAUUGUAACUGAAACGUCAUAUUUUAUUUAUUUUCUUCCUUAAAAGUCACAAAUAUACAGUAAUAACAGCUUAUUGAAGUUAUGAAACGUCGUACUUUAUUGUGGUGUUUUAUUAAGUAAACGUGUUUCUUCUAUUGUUUUUUAUUGUUUUUAAACCACUAUCUCAGCAUUUCAGAACAGAGGAUGAAUAUAUUAUGCUAUCAUUUCGAAUUUAUAUUAGUAAAUUUGAAGUCAUAAUUAUACUUUUUGAAUGCUAAUACUCAAUUUGUGAUUAUUUUACCAGUGAAAUGUUAAUCCGAACAAAUGAAAUGUUAAACGUGUCCAGGUCCAUUGUUCUAUAAGGGAUGGUACCAUUUCUUCUAUCAAUACAACCCAAAUGCAGCUGUGUGGGGUGACAUUGUUUGGGGUCACGCCGUGUCAAAAGACCUUAUCCACUGGCUUUAUCUCCCAAUAGCCAUGGUUCCUGACCAAUGGUACGAUGCAAACGGUGUCUGGACCGGUUCAGCCACUUUUCUAGAUGAUGGCUCCAUUGUCAUGCUCUACACCGGUUCCACUGACGAAUUCGUACAGGUUCAAAACCUUGCCUAUCCUGAAGACCCAAGCGACCCACUUUUGUUGAAAUGGGUCAAGUUCUCCGGUAACCCUGUCCUCGUACCGCCUCCAGGUAUUGGUGCAAAGGACUUCCGUGACCCAACAACAGCCUGGAAGACAUCUUCUGGAAAAUGGCGAAUCACCAUCGGUUCCAAAAUCAAUAGAACCGGAAUAUCUCUCAUUUAUGACACUACCGAUUUCAAAACCUACGAGAAACACGAAACCUUGUUGCACCAAGUCCCCAACACCGGAAUGUGGGAGUGCGUUGAUUUUUACCCGGUGUCGAAGACUCAGCUCAAUGGGCUCGAUACUUCGGUCAACGGACCAGAUGUCAAGCAUGUCAUCAAGGCUAGCAUGGACGAUACUAGAAUUGACCAUUAUGCCAUUGGGACGUACGAUGAUUCAAACGCUACAUGGGUCCCCGAUAAUCCUUCUAUCGAUGUCGGAAUCAGUACCGGUUUGAGAUACGAUUACGGGAAAUAUUAUGCGUCAAAGACGUUUUACGAUCAAAAUAAGGGACGAAGAAUCUUAUGGGGUUGGAUCGGUGAAUCUGACAGUGAAGCUGCUGAUGUACAAAAGGGUUGGUCUUCUGUUCAGGGCAUCCCAAGAACUGUUGUAUUGGACACAAGGACGCAUAAAAACUUAGUCCAGUGGCCAGUUGAGGAAAUCAAAUCAUUGAGACUAAGCAGCAAGAAAUUUGACAUGACUAUUGGACCAGGGACUGUGGUUCCGGUCGAUGUGGGUUCCGCCACUCAGCUAGACAUAGAGGCUGAGUUCGAGAUCAAGACCGAUGAUCUCAAGUUAUUCUUUGAUGAUGACUCUGUGGAGGCCGACAAUAAAUUCAGCUGCGAAACAAACGGAGGCUCCACAGCGCGUGGUGCUUUAGGGCCUUUUGGAUUCUCGGUUCUCGCUGACGAGGGCUUGUCAGAACAAACUCCGGUUUACUUCUAUGUGACUAAGGGAAAACAUUCAAAACUCAAUACUGUCUUCUGCACUGACACCUCAAGGUCGACUUUGGCAAACGAUGUGGUGAAACCAAUCUAUGGAAGCUUCGUACCGGUCUUAAAAGGAGAGAAAUUGACAAUGAGAAUCUUGGUUGAUCAUUCGAUCGUAGAAGGAUUCGCACAAGGUGGAAGAUCAUGUAUUACCUCAAGAGUAUAUCCCACAAAAGCUAUCUAUGGAGCUACCAAGCUCUUCUUGUUCAAUAACGCCAUUGAUGCGACCGUUACGGCGUCGUUUACGGUCUGGCAAAUGAACAAUGCUUUUAUUCAUCCUUACUCUUCAGACGAUCUCGGUGUUCCUUCCAGCACCUGAUGAGUUUUCUCAUCCUUUCUUGUUAGUCUUUUGAUUGUUGUUAAAUAAUAUGGGUUUGAUUUUAUCUGUGUUUGAUUCAUCAUGUGAGUGAAGAGAAGAAAAUAACAUUUAUUUUCUCCUUUUUUGAAAGAGUAAAUUAUUUUCUUCGUACAACAUCAAUAAAUAUGAAAGAACAACGUCACCGAUUAUCUUUGUAACCUUUUCCACACUUUCACCGAUCAAUUGCGUGAUGCAUGAUGUUGAAUCAUCCGUUUGCAUGACAUGACGUUAAGAAG